CUACAGAAUUAACACCUAGCGUGACCUCCCGCUCUCAAUCUCCACGACGUAAUAGCCAUUCGCGAGGCGGGAAAAGCCCGUCCUCAAGAGGAAACAACUUCUACAGGACACCCUCCCCAAGAUCCAUCCUCAUCUCGACCAAAUCAUUCCUCUUCCUCAAAUCUACAGUCUAUAUCCUCCCUCCCUUCCUUAGCAUACCCCCUACUCCGAAAAAAGCCCUCCAUUACAAUGCCUGGCUCGCUUUUCCCCCGGUCCGAUUCACUCGAACCUGAACCCAACGACGAAGAGAUGGAAACCAGGAGAGUGCGAUUCUUGUCUGCUUCUGAAGAUACCCAUACCCAUGAACGAAACCCAAAUCCUAUACCCCGUACUCCUUCAGCUCUCGACACACAGGAAUCAGAACCUGGUUCCUCCAAUUCUCAAAAUGCAACCCCUGCAGACAGAACCGGUCCUUCUCCCUGGCGCACCCGUCCCAUCGCCUCCGUCCACGAUGCAGUUCAACGGUUCACUGCGAGUGGAGGGGAAGAGAGGGACUUUUCGUUGUUAGUAGUUGCCAGUCCGGCGGUUCCUGUAGAUCCGGAGAGCCCAGGCGAUAUACUGGAAAGGUUGCAUUCGCCCUUGGGUGGUGUUUCUCGGAAGGGAAAAGAACGUGCUGUUGAUGAUGGAGAUGAGGAUUUGGCCUUUAUCCUCGACAACCAUCGCGUACAGGAUAAAGAAAAACAGCUUGAUGCUGCACGACGCGAGACGGGAGUGAAGAGUAAAACUACGAAUAAUGGAGACCGCGGGAAGGAUAAAGAGCGCAUUAGAAUAUUGGAGGAGGAAGUAAGGAUGUUGAAAGAAGAGCUCUCCCGUCGCCGCCGUUCUCCUCCUCCCUCUCACACCCCAAACGCAAGUCCCAAUGCCGCCCCCACCCCCUCCUCCUCCACUCCCACCUCCUCCUGGCGUCCGCAUCCCCCUCCUUCCUCAUCUAGGCGAAAGCGGCGCUCUCUUCGCAAGUGCGCGCGCUGCCUUGCGCCCAACCGAGGCUAGUACCACCGUGAGCACAAACGACGUCAGCAAGGUCGGCGAGCGGCAAAAUGAGACAACCAACCGUCAACGUCCCCCAGUGACAAAAUGGCUGCGUUCCUGAACGAGAUGAGGACUGUGCGGUUAAGGAAAGUGGGGGU